AUGGCCCUUUCAUUGAUUGUCAAAAGUGGACAGACAUGCAAGUCCCCCCUCUCUCUUUCUCCCUCCCUCCCUUCCUUCACAGCCCCCCCACCACGGAUCACACUUACUGCAGCGGCCUUGGGUUCAGGCCGGAUCAUCACAUGCCCUAUUGCUCUCACCACUGCUCCUUCUCCUCCUCCUUCCACGAAUGCUGCUGCUGCAACAAAAGCAACGGCAGCAGCAGAUGCUGAUGCUGAAGCAGCAGCAACAGCUAGAGCUGAAGCUGCUGCUGCCCGUCGGGCAAUUAAACGUUUCCAGGCUGCCCAGCGGCGCACGCCGCACCUCUUCCGAGCCUUGUCUGGAGGUUUGGCAACCGUGGCUGCUGCUCCGUUCCCCUCUUGCGCUGGUGGUGUGGAUGUGAGUGUAUCGAAGGGUAUGAUGAUUAAAGCAGCAGAUAGAGAGGAGGGGGAGGAGGAGGAGGAGGAGGAGGAGGAGGAGGAGGAGGAGGAGGAGGAGGAGGAGGAGGAGGAGGAGGAGGAGGAGGAGGAGGAGGAGGAGGAGGAGGAGGAGGAGGAGGAGGGGAGGAGGAGAGGAGAAGGAGUGGGGAAGGGCAGAAGGAGAAACAAACAAAAAGGGUACAGCACUAAGAAGCACGCAUCCUCAUUACAAGCAUCUUCACUAUUACAACACCCUAGCGCACCCAGAGGUCCUCAAUUCAUAUCCACACCGGCCCUCCUCCCUCUAGAAAUCCCAUCCCCCUUCGAGAGGAAGCGUCCCAGAAGCAUCCUGCCGCGGUCCCUCGAUCCUGUAGACGUGCUGCAGGCCUCUCAGCCAAUCCCAGCUGUCCACGUGGCAGGCACUGCACUUGCUCCAAUCGCUGGCCUUGCAUGUAUAAGCACGCUGCCGUGUGCUCAUAACGAAGCUCGGCCCGACAGCCAAUCAGGCGGUGGGAAAAAAACAGCAGGGAGAUGGGCAGAGGAGGCUGGGAAUAAUGAGGGAAGAUUUGAUUUGAUUCAGCUGACAAGGCUUGGAGAUGUGUGGGCGGCAUCAUACGGCAUGGAGUGGGAGGGGAGGAAAGGCAAGAGUAAACAGGGAGAAAAGGAUGGAAGAAAGGAGGGCUUCUUACAAGAAAGGGAGGAAGAGGAGGAAGAGGAGGAAGAGGAGGAUGAGGAGGAUGAGGAGGAUGAGGAAGAGGACAAGGACGAGGAGGAGGAGGGGGAAAAGGAGGACAAUGAGAAGUUUGCAAGUUCUAAAGACAAGCGCAACAGGAGAAAGAGGAGGAGGGGGAGAGGGGAGAGUGGGGGUGAAGAAAAGAGGAGAAAGACAGGAGGAGGGAAGUUUCCUCUGGUGCAGGCAGCAGCACUUGCUGGGAGUGCGUGGGAGCAGCAGGCCGCACAUGUGGUGAAGAGGAAGAGUGACAAGUUCGCCACUCCGAAAUCAUACACCAUCCAGCUUCCAAACGUCGCGCACUAUGUGCGCUCAGCUCUGGAUGCAGUGGUUGGGAGUAGGAAGGGGGAGAAGGCGGAAGGACGGAGGCCUGGCAUUCACGAGAUUGCGGAGGCAGCAGCAGACGCCCAGCCACCCCAGCCAAUCGCCGAGCGCCACAUGGCAGCACGGGGGCAGCGGGUGGACUCAGUACUGCAAUCCCUGCGUCGCUUGGGGUUCCUGGGCGAGAGAAGCGCCUCUAUUUCUUCUGCUGCUGCUGGUGCUACUGGUGCUGCUGGUGCUGCUGGCACUGCUGGCACUGGCGCUGGUGCUGAUGCUAGUGGUGCCACUGCCAGCAGUCAGUGCGGCAUGUCUUGUCAGAAUCCGGACCUCUUCUCCCAGACCUUCCCGUUCGCGUCACAGCAGAGUUUCUCUCCUUUCUAUCCACAGCAGCAUAUUCCCUCCCAAGCAACUCCCUUUGCCUCCCAAGCAACCCCCUUCUCCUCCCAGCCAUACCACCAGUUUGCCUCCCAUCCAGAACACCGCUUUGAAUCGCAGCAAAGCUCCUUCCAACCGUUCAGCUCCUCUCAGAACCCCAUCGGAUCGCAGCAGUUCCUGUUUGACACGCAGGAGAGCAUCGCGCCCUCUCACAUGCUGCCACCUGGCAGCUUGCACGCGAAUGCGACGCUGCCAAGUCAGCAUGUGCAGCCGCAGCAGCUCAUGCCAGGUCAGCAUCGGGUGAUCGUGCCAUGUAUGGGAGAUGCAGCUGCAGCAGGAGUAGGUGGAGAAGGAACAGGAGUAGUAGGUGGGCCAGGAGGAGCAGAUGAGAGAGCAGGGGCAAGGGCAGCCGCAUCAGCAGCAGGGGCAGCGGGAGGAGCGGAAGGAGCGGCGAGUGAAACGGUGGCAGCUUUAACGGAUCGGUCACUGUUCUUGGCGUCACUCCCUAUCGGCCCCGCUUGGCCCGAUGCUGUCAUGCUGCCAGGGCAACAGAGGAGAGGAGGGAGAGGGAGUGAGGGUGCGAGUGGUUUGAAGGAGGAAACUGUUGGUCCGCAUCGACAGCAGGCCGCGUGUCGCGUUGUGAUUGGGCGGUGGGACGAGGCUAUUCAGGAGUGGACAGCGGAGAAGGAUAAAGAAGAGAUUCCGACUCUGCAGUUUGACAAAGAUUUGCCUGAGGCUGACGAGAUGGAGCAAGCAAGCAUUGCAAGAAUCAUGGCUGCAUGUAGAGAAGACAAUUUUGGAAUGUAG